CAGGCUUGUGGCGCGCGGCGGGGCGGCGACCGGCGGCAGCGUGAUCGGCGGCGGCGGCGGCGGAAGUGGCCGGGGAGCCCGGUCCCCGCCGACACCAUGCUUCCCCUGUCGCUGCUGAAGACGGCGCAGAACCACCCCAUGCUGGUGGAGCUGAAGAACGGGGAGACGUACAACGGGCACCUGGUCAGCUGCGACAACUGGAUGAACAUCAACCUGCGGGAGGUGAUCUGCACGUCCAGGGACGGGGACAAGUUCUGGCGGAUGCCCGAGUGCUACAUCCGCGGCAGCACCAUCAAGUACCUGCGCAUCCCGGACGAGAUCAUCGACAUGGUCAAGGAGGAGGUGGUGGCCAAGGGCCGCGGGCGCGGGGGCCUGCAGCAGCAGAAACAGCAGAAGGGCCGCGGCCUGGGCGGCGCCGGGCGAGGUGUGUUUGGCGGCCGGGGCCGAGGCGGGAUCCCAGGCACCGGCCGAGGCCAGCCAGAGAAGAAGCCGGGCCGGCAGGCGGGCAAGCAGUGAGCCGCGCCCCCCGAGACCGAAGCCCCGCCCCGCCGCGGGACCCUCUCCUUCCGGCCGGGCCGCCUCGCCCCCCCCCAGUGUGGACACCUGUGUGGUGGUGUUGGUUUUGUGAAGCCCCCGCCCCGAGGCUGGCCCUGCUCCGUGGAUAGCGCGUGCCUGGCCUGCACCUGCUGGCAUGGCCCAGGGCCGGCCCCUCCCGCACGGCGACGGGCCCGCGGGGGCCAUAGUGUCGCCUUCCAGACGGAGCGGACGGGGCCGGCCCAUGCGCCUUUGCUUCCAUUUCUCUGUGUUCUGAAAAUAAAGCCCAGUCCAGCCUCAA